UUCAAAAGAACAAGAAAAAAAAAUUGUGAAGGAACUUUUUUUUUUGUUCACUUCUUUUUUUUUUAAACUUGCCCAAACGCCCCUUCACCGUUCGCGGUCCACUCUUCACCCCCACUCUCCUGGCCUAGUGCAACUGAGCGAUUUUGGAGCAAAUUUGCAGCGAAGCAACACACACAAAUGGCUGAACCGCGCUCCCCCGACCCCGAGGAUCUGCCCAACAGCAAGCGCAUGCGCAUGGAUGACUCUGUAGAUGGCGUCGAUCCCGUGGACGAUUUCUCAUUUGCAUCUGCACCGACUGGCGAAUAUGGCGCAUCCGAAGAAGUCAAUAGCCUGGCACGAUCGCUCAACGAUGGUCUGCCUGAUUUGGACGACGAGACCGACACGGGAACUGGAGGCGAGACGGCAAUGAACCAGGAUCCAGACACGGCCCAGGGGGCACUUGCAGCACUAGACGGAGUAGGCCACUCGGAGCUCUCCAAUUUCUUGCCCAGCGAUGGCAAUGGGGGCGCGAGCUCGGAAUCGAUUUUCGACUCUGCAGCCACGACCGCGGCAAACCAAGGCGAUGUGGGUGCUGUCAUGUCGUCAGCCAACGCGGACAGCUUUGAUCAGCACGCCGGCGCGGGCGCAAGCAGCUCGCUUGCCUCUCCAUUCGUGGGCGCAGUCAGCUCGCCAUCCAUUAAGCCGCUCGCGGCCGAUUCUAGUACCGAUCUUUCCACUUCCAUGCUCUCCUCGUUUGGACCCGCUGGAUCUGAUGCGUCUUCGGGCGUAGCAAACACCUCGGCAUCUACGUUGGCCUCGGCCCAAAACGCAUCCGGCUCUGCCGUCACAGACCGAAAAAAGGGCAUUCAACAGCAACUGCUCCUCCUAAUCCACUCGUAUCGCUGCACCCAGUCCACAGACAAGUGCAAAUUGCCACACUGCGCGGUCAUCAAGAACGUGCUCAGCCACAUGAGCACCUGCAAGAAUGGGCGCGACUGCGCCACACCGCAUUGCGCUUCGUCGCGUCAAAUCAUUGCCCACUAUUCCACCUGCAAAAAUCCCGACUGCGUCAUCUGUCAGCCUCUCAAGCAGCCCGUUGUCCAAAACCGCAUGCCACCCGUCAAGGCAGAAACACACGCGGGCGGAGCUCCGUCAUUGCUCACGAACGGCCCUGGCCUCACCCAUCCAUUGAGCUCGAUCAACCUGUCUAACACUGGCUCUGGCGCGCAUGCCGCGGGCCGGGCGCCACCUCCGCUGCAGCUGCCGAACGGAGGCAACAACAAUCCCGCUUCCGCGCUGACCUCUGGCAACAGCCAACUCGCCUUCCCUUCUGCCUCGAGCCUCACUCCAGCCCAAGUGGCCAGUUUGCGUAUGACCAACUCGUUGAGUGUCAAGGUGCCGCCCGCCAUGGCCAAGGCAGAGCACAUCCAAUCCCCGUCUGCAGCACAGCAACUAUUGCAACAACAACUCCAGCAGCAACAGCAACACCAGCAACAACAACAACAGCAGCAGCAGCAGCAACAACAACAGCAACAGCAACAGCAAACUAGCGAUCGCUCGUCCGUCGGACUACAAGCAGAACAGGCUCAGUUGCUAAGAGCCCAGCUCAACACGCUGAUGCAAAUCCCGCAAGCGUCUCAAAUGCUCAACGACCACGGCAUUCGAAAGUCGGCUGACGUGCUGGAGGCGGUGAAAAACCACACCAUUGAGCGCACCAUGAACACCAUUGCGGCAGCGCUGGGCAUCACUCUGCCAACAUCUUUGCCAUCCAUGACACCGAUUGGUGGCGCCUCAAGCAGCGACAGCUCUCAUCUAAGCAGUGCCGGAAGUGUCCUUGGUAACCCUGGGUCCUCUCUUGGUGGCCCAGCGAGCAUUCCGCCGCCUUCCUCGAGCGUAUCUGGCUCUGGCGCAAGCGGCGCCCCCUGGGCCAACAACCCAGCAGAUCCCAAUCCCGACCCGCAGUGGCGUAUCAAGUUCAACAACAACCAUCGACUCAAACUGGUCCAGAAGCUCAUUGAGGCGCUGCGAUCGUGCUGCAAGCCUGACGAAAAUCAAGAUCGGAUUCGGCAGGUCGCCGAGAAGGUGGAGAGCCGCGUCUUCCAGAUGGCCCCGACGCAAGACAAGUACUACCACCUGCUGGCUGAGAAGAUUUACCGGAUGAAGAAGCAGCCCACCCAUGUCUCGCUCAACACGAUGGGAGUCGAUAUGAGUGCCGGUGGCGCUGCUGGCGGGAUGGGUGCUGCUGGUCCGAACGCGGUCGCCACCGCAGCCGCCAUGGGUGCAGUCGCUGGCGCGCGAUCGGGAUUGCCCCUGAAUGCCUUGCAGCAGCAAGUCGCUGCUAUUCUGCAGCAGCUCGCCCAGUACCAACUGCAAUUCAGCCAACUCCGCGAGCAGCAGACGCUCGCCAAUCAGCUGGUCAACUCGCACCGUGCCAACGGCAAUCCUGUCCCGGACGACCUCAUGACCGUCUACAACUCGAUUCAACAGCAACUCUCGCAGCUUGUGGCGUACCAACAAACGGCCGCAGGUAUGCUGCGCAGCCAUGCUGCCACCGCUGCCCACAUGUCGGGUGGCUCGGAAAUUGCGGCGCAGGCCGAGGCGGCCGCUACAACCACGUUGAACACGAUUGGCAAUUUGGCUUCGGUCGUCGGAGCUGGCGGCAACCUGCCAAGCGGCAACGCGCUCGGCAACGGUGCCCAAAACUUUGCUCGCCCCCAGGGCAUGGUCGUCAAGCUGAGCGCCGCACCCGUGCAGGCACAGCCCCCGGUUGACCCCGCCAUCUACGCCACGUUGACUUGCAUGGCGGCCAACAAGACCAUCACCAGCGUGACGCAAAAUGGCCCCAUGUAUGUCAAGACCAUGCGCGAAGUGUUUUUGCCCAUCUUUGAAGAGCUUUGCCGCGAUGAAAAUGCCGGGCCGUUCAUGGUGCCCGUCGACCCUGUGGCUCUGGGAAUUUUGGACUAUCUCACGGUCAUCAAGCGCCCGAUGGACUUUAGCACCAUCCGCACGCGUCUCGAUCGCCCCACCGACAAGCACUUUUACCGCGACCCGCUCGGCUUUGUGGACGACAUGCGCCUCGUGUUCACCAACGCCCUCACCUACAACAAGAAGAAUUCGCGUGUGCACAAGAUGGCCACCAAGCUGUCGGAUUUGUUCGAGAACAGGGUGGAGCCUGCCUUGCGCAAGCUGGGCUAUUGCUGCGCGCUCCGCCUGCUGCAGUUCUCCCCGCCAAGCCUGUACUGCUUUGGCAAGUGCGUGUCCACCAUUCCCCGCGAUACGCAGUACCAUACGUACGAGAAUCGCAUCCAUUAUUGCGCCCGCUGCUUCAAGGAGGCGCCCGACCCAAUUGUCGGCAUUGAUGGCGAGGAGUCGAUGGCCAAGGCCCAGUUUUCAACGGCCACCAACAACAAGCUGGACGACGAGCCCUUCAACGACUGCGAUGAAUGUGGACGCAGGGCGCAUGUCAUUUGUGCGCUGCACAACAAGCACACGGACACACGAUUCCUGUGCCCGCUCUGCAAGAAAAAGUCUGGCAAGAAGGAAAUGCGGUUUACGUCGAAAAACCUGCCAAAGUGCGAGCUGUCCACGCAUCUCGAGGCGCGCAUUUCUACGCACUUGCGCUCUGUGCCCGACUGCGGCGAAGUGACCAUUCGCGUCAUUCUUGUGCGUGACCACCAGGUGAAUUUCAAGGAGCAGAUGAAGAAAAAGUCAGUCGAGGAAGGCGGCCCCACCGGCCUCCCGUACCGCCACAAGGCCAUGUUUGCCUUCCAAAAGCAAGACGGCGUUGAAGUGUGCUUCUUUGGCAUGCACGUCCAAGAGUACGGAAGCGACUGUCCCGAGCCCAACGCCCGCCGUGUCUACGUUUCCUACCUCGACUCGGUCUUUUGGUUCCGGCCGCAGACGCACCGCACGUUUGUCUACCACGAAAUCUUGAUUGGCUACCUCGAGUAUUGCCGCAACUUGGGCUACCGCUACGCGCACAUCUGGGCUUGCCCGCCCACGCCUGGCGACGACUACAUUUUCUACUGCCAUCCCGAAGACCAGAAGGUGCCCAAGCCCAAGCGUCUCCAAGAAUGGUACCGUCAGAUGCUCACACGCGCGCGCGACGACAAGGUCAUUUUGGACUUUUGCGACAUUUACUCCCAGUGCAUGACCGACGACAUCCUGACCGUCCGCCAACUGCCCUAUUUCGAGGGAGACUACUGGCCCGGCGUGAUUGAAGACUCGCUCACGGAAGCUGCCAAGGAGCGGACUGACACUGAGGAAGCUGGCGAAGAGAAGGGCAAGAAGGGCAGCAGCAAGAAGGCGGCUUUGAAAAAGUCUGGCAGCAAGGCCAAGGGCGCCGUCAAGGUGCGCGCCCUGACUCGCCAGAACUCUGACGUGUGCGAAAAGCUCUACCAGAUGAUGGAGAAGGCCAAGGACGGCUUUUUCGUGGCCACGCUGCGUCCUCCGACAGACCCGCUGGUCGACAUCAAGGAUCCCGACCCACUGGUGGCGUGCGCCCUCAUGGAAGGCCGUGAGGCCUUUUUGGACUUGGCACGCGAAAACCACUACGAGUUCUCGACUCUGCGGCGCGCCAAGUAUGCCAGCCUCAUGUUCCUGUACCAUCUGCACAAUCCCGACGACUCUGCUGGCUACCACAUUACGUGCGACUCGUGCCAAGUCUCGCUCAGUGUCGCCGACACACGCUACCGCUGCACAGUGUGUCCCGAGUUUGAUCUGUGCCCAAAGUGCCAGACUGCCAAACCGCACGAACACCCGAUGGAGCAAGUCGCGUUCGACGCCAGCGGGGACGGCGGCGCUGGUGCUGCUGUGGGUGCCAUGGGCGCCUCGGGCGGCGGCGACGGAGGCAGUGACACUGCCAACCGCGCCCUUGCCAUCCAGCGGUGCAUCGAGUCGCUCGUUCACGCGUGCCAGUGCAGCGACACGGAGUGCAAGAACGGCUCGUGUGUCAAGAUGAAGAAGGUGGUCGCACACACUCGCGUCUGCCAGGUCAAGGCACCCGUGUGCAACAUUUGCAAGCAGCUUGUUGCGCUGUGCUUCUACCAUGCCAAACAUUGCCAGGACGAUGUUUGCGUCGUUCCGUUCUGCGCUGGCAUCAAGCAGCGCCUGCAGCGUCAGCAGCAGCAGACGCGUAUGAAGGCCAAAAAGAUUGCACAACGCCGCAUGCUCUUCCAACGCAUGCAGCAACGCAGUGUGCAGGAGGCCUCGGGUAUCAUUCCCGUCGAAACGCAGCAGCACGCUGAUUCUCACCCGAGCUCGGCUCCUUCCAGCGCCUCUGUCGCGGCUGCGCCGCAACUCAACUCUAUGGUGACCACGCCGAUGCAGGUCGUCCCCAACAGCACGCUCCUUCGCAACAACACUUCCACGGGUGGAACGCCCUCGCCAGCCCCUGCGAUGGCACAGCACGCAACCUCCAAUGCUCUUGGCAACGUUGGCAUGUCCCCCAUGCUCACUUCGAACAACCCGAUGCUUCCAAACAUGCUUGCCGGCAACCUUGGGGCGACUCCCAACCUUGUCGGGUCGCCAGCGCUCGGUACUCUUGGGAAUGGCGGUGGUGGUGGUGCUGCUGUUGCUGCUGCUUCUUCGAGUGUCAGCACUCUCUCCCGAAACCAAAUCCAGCAAACGAGCCAGAUGCUGGAACAGGCGCGGAACGAGUUCCAGAACCGUCUUCGAAACCUUCAGCUGCAGCAACAGGCCUUCGCCGAGAAGAAGGCGUCCAUGACUCCGGAAGAUCAGGCUCGCGCCCUCGCCGCUCUAACGGCCGAACGCGAGUCGCUGACCCUCGAGAAGAAGAACCUUCUGGAUCGAUCCACCAUCCUCAGCGCUGCCAUGCUGGUCGCAAAGCAAAGCUCUGGUCAGCAACUCAGUGCCCCAGAGCUGCAAGUCAUUGAAAAUGCCACCCUUCUCAAGGCGAAAAUGCAACAGCAGCAGCAGCAGCAAAAGCAGCAGCAGCAACAGCAAGCCGCCAGUGCGCUGGCCAACAACCCUCUUCUUGGUCUCAACAAUGUGCAAGCGCAACAAAACUUCCAGGUGCAAGCGUUGCAAUUGCAAGUUCAGCAACAACAGCAACUGCAGCAGCAACAGCAAGCGAAGGCAAACCUUACGCCGGCUCAGCGCAUUCAACAGACCCAGUUGAACCUCGCCCAGCUCAAUGAAGCAGCGCGGCUCCACGCCAACAAUCCGAACACGGUUGCCCUGAUCGAAGCUCGCAAAGCCAAGCUGAUCAAUGAUCUCCGACUCUUGACGCAAGCAGGCGCCAUGAAUCCCAAUGCAUUUGCUCCAUCCACCUCGUCCGCGAUGGACGUGCUUUCCGGCAAUGCGAAUCGCAACUUUGCCGGGCUUCUCGACAACCCGGCCGAUCAGCAACAACAGCAGCACGACCAACAACUGUCGCAAAUGGUCAGCGGCCUCUAAAACACUUUCAAAAACAAUUCAUGUUUGUUGCUGUGCUCGGUUUUCAAUUGUAUCUCUCCUCCCCUCACUUUUGUCGUCGAUUUAUUUGUGUUUUUGUGCUUCGAUCAUUUGUUAUCAAUUUUACAUAUUAUUGUGAAACC